CAACUUUUCUGCAUUGAUUUUCUGGAUACCAUCUUUUCUCGUUGUGUUGUUUGAGCGGUUGUUCAUUGUGAAAUUAAACUUAAAUUUUGGGAUUAAAUUGUGAAAAUAUGAAUCGUUCACGGAGGCCACCUGUAAAUAAGCAGUUCGUUUCAGGGGGAGUAUAUAAUGCGAGGCAAUCAUUUGAUGGCCAACAGGGAUUUCAAGGCGGGCAAAAUCAGAAUCAGUCGAAUUACGGUAAUAAACAAAAUCAACAACAGAAGUUGGAACAGGAACCAAAGAAUAGGAACGUUCAGAACACUGUGAAACCGGAGCGUAAUGCAAAGCCGGCACCGCCACCACUAGAGCCACCGCCGCAACCACCACAAAUGGAAGAGGAUGAAGCGCCUAUAGAGAACAAUAAAGUGGAUGAGACGUCCUUAUACGAUGAGAGUGGCAAGUUGCAGUAUAAGUAUAUUUUCCGUACGCGCAAGAAGUCUUCCGUUCGUGCCAAGGAGAAGAAAGUACGCCAGAAUCGUCAAUUGCGUAAAACACUGAUUCCCAAAAAUGCAUUAAUGGCACUGAAUGAAGUAGUUGGGAUUACAAUUAGUGAGUUUACCAUUGACAGUGCCCCAAGUGGUGGUUUUGUCGCUAUGGUUACCGUUAAUGACAAACAAUACGAAGGCAAAGGUAACUCCAAGAUAGCAGCCAAAAAUGCAGCCAGUGAAAAAGCAUUGCGCGACUAUGUGUUAGAGAAAAUGCGCGAGAAGCCACGCUUGCGAAAGAUUUCAACUAAUGCCGAUGAAGCAAUGGACACGAGUGAAACAAAUAAUGAUGUAGUUAGCGAGAAUGGUGAGGAUGGACAGCAAGAGAAUGGCGGAACGCCGACAAUAAUCGACGAUGUACCAAUGGUCAAUUUGGCUUCAUUCGCUAUUUUUAAACUUUUCACUGAAUGGGAGAAUGAAGGUUAUGUUGUACCUGAGUUGCGGACUACUCAUCCAAUACAGCCAAGCUCUGGUACCGAGGGUGGCAAUGCAGACGCCAUCCCCCAACCUAAGCCGCCAAAGGCUCCACCAGUACGGUCCGAAUUGCCAAAUAAUUGGGAAUCAAUACAUCCAUCGACUUUACUUUGUAUGAUGCGACCAGGACUUCAGUACCGCGAAUUAGGUAUAGUGGGUGAUGCCCCAAAUGUGCUUCAGCGUAUGGCUGUUACCGUAGAUGAUGUGAAAUAUGAGAGUUCUGGGCGUUCUAAAAAAAUUGCGCGUCGCAAUGUUGCUGUAUGUGCGCUCAACGAGUUGUUUGGCACAAACUUCACAAAGGAGCAACCAUGUGAAGAAUAAAUUUUUAAAUUCAACUAUGUUGAGGAUUGUAAAACUUUUAAUGAAAUCUUAUCGCAUAGAAAAAUUUUGAAAUAAACAACAAAUAUAAAACAUGAAA